CGGAGCGCGACUGUUGUGGCCGUGCCGUGGGGUCUGUGAGGACUGUGAGCACUGUGAGUAGUCGGUAGAGGUGAGUGAAUCAGUCAGCCGCUGGAUAUCGUCCGAGUGCCGCUCCACUCUCGUGCACGCUUGGUGCACUUGCAUGCUGAACGUGCUCGCGUGAUGUCGAUCCAUCAACCGUAACAAUUCAGCAACGAUACAUUCGAGGGAAACACAUGCCCAAAUUUUGGAAAUUCAUCGUCCUGACGACGAACACGCCGCGCCGGGUCAGCAUUGAUUCGCGUUUGAGAGACUCGCUCUACGUGAUUAAUUGAACGUAGACUCGGAUAACUUGCCGAGAUAUUAAAUCGAUUUAAUAGUAGCGAACUGAUGAUGAUCGCGUUCGGGAUGUUACCACGCGACGUACUGACUAUCGCGAUGAUGACGACAGGUCUCGUCGUCGCUGUCACCAGCGGUGCACCUACAAAUUCAGAUGCAGAGGAUUACGAGAUGUUCGCUGACAAAGAUGCGCAAUCUACCGAUAAAGGUUCCUCUAAUGCAGGAGAAGUAAGAUGCUAUUGCAAUCAACCAGAAUGCGUUCCUCAAGGAUACAUGUGUCGCGGUAGGAGUUGCUUUACAAAAUUACCAUCGUACGUAAAUGCAUCACUUUCGAGAGCGGAGCAUACUGCUCACAGCGGUUGUCUCGAUGAAAAUUUGAUAAAUCGUCAGUGCCCCGCAGGAUUUCUCUGCUGUGAUCAAGAUCUCUGUAAUCAUGUGGACAGCCCCGCGAUGAGAAACAGACUCAACAAGACUCUACGAGUAUUAAUCGAUGCUCAACGACCGUACUUGGCUCCAUUGCAUCCAAAUAAUCGCGGAAAUCAGGUGAUUGACGGAUGGUUCCCAACAGCAACGAUCAUCGUGGCUAUCUGUGGAUUCAUCGUCCUGUUAAUGAUCGCCAGCCUAGCUGUCAGAUGGCUCCAGCCUGUGCCGGCACAAAACGCAAAUAAAUUCGUGCCACAUCGAACAUCUAAUAACGGGCCACCUUUACUUGGACCGCCGAAAGUGCCUUUGGUUUAAGAAAUUUCAUGACAAAGUUUCCCAAUAAAAGGUGUUCUAAGUAAUAGUUUAAUUAAUAGAGCUGGCUGCGCUAGUUUUGAUACAUGACUUGCAAAACCGGAGUUGUGCCAUACACAUACAUUUGUGUAGCAAAGUAUUUGUAUACCGAAUACUUGUACGUUAAUAUUAAUUGAGGAUAAUUAAGUAUAUAUAAGAUUUCUUUACGAUGGAUGAUAUUAUUCCAAUUUAAUUUCGUUUCAACUUUGUGGAUUUUUUACAACAUGUAUAUGAGAAACAUAGCCUGUGUGUGUGUAUGUGUGUGCGUAUGCAAGUUUGCAAGAUUCCACAGAGUCAUGUACCAAAUAAAUGGCUGUUUAGAAAGCUAGCGGGCCGUUGAAGGCUCCACUUGGCUGUGAAUUCUACGAAGAAAGCAACUACUGUAAAUUAUAUCUCAUAAUGAUAAUGUAUUACUCGUUGCAUUUCCUCGAAACGUCGACAUGGCACGCAUGUCGACAUCGCGAGAUCAAAGAGUGAGAAUGGAUCAAAAUUUUUCGAUCCUUUAAACAUGACGUUACGAUGACAUAAAGUAUAUGAUAUGUUUCUAUGUCAUUAUAAGAUUGUAAAUAUAGAACAUGUAUUUUUUAUCAUCUUGAAUGAUACAUUAAAUUUGAUGAUAUUAUCGAGUUACAAUGAUGAUGCGAGAACGUUUUUUAACGUUGUAAUUAUUGAACUCUGUUCCCUAAAAAUACUAGUACGUAAUGUUAAUUCACGAAUAGUACACGCCAAUAAAAAGUGAGGGAAGAUUAUAUAUUUCGUAAUAAUCUAUAAGAAAAUUCAAUAGAAAGUAAAUUUAUGUAAGCGACAUAAAAUUUUUCGUUCAAGUCGCCGUUGAGACUUGAAUCACAGCCAAUUUGUGAAUUGUACCUUUUCUUCAUAUAAUAUUUUUUAAGCGUAUUUCAUAUAAACACUGUAUUGUGAUAGUACGAUAUAAUAAUGACUAAAUAAAUACGUACAGGCCUGCCUAGACUUUAUUUUAUACUUGUGUUAUGUUACUUGUGAGGAAUGAAAAAAAAAAGUAAAGUAUA